GAAAAUAUGUAGUUAAAUAAAACCAACCCAAACUUCCAUCUUGCUCCUAUACAAUUCCUCAAAACACUCUAACCCAAACCCUCACAAUGGCGGAUAUCGUCAAUUCUACGAUAAGCGAAAGCCCAGAAACGCCUCUACACCCAUACUACCCCCUGGGCGUUGUAAUCGCGGACUACGCGGCCAAGACCCUCUCGACGCAGGAGAUUCUAGCCAUCUUCACGGGAACAUGCAUCUGCAUCCUCGGCCCGAUGUGGUUCUACCUGCGGCACGCGCGGCCUAACCUACCGCUCAGCGACGUCUUCACGACGCUGUGGUUUGUCCUGUGCGGCUUCAUCCACAUCGGCUUAGAAGGUUACUUCGCGCUGCACGCGCGCGACAUAGCCAGCCGCUCAGCCGUGCUCGCGCAGCUCUGGAAGGAAUACUCCCUCUCCGACUCGCGGUACCUCACGGCAGACACCUUCGUCGUAUGCAUGGAGACGGUAACGGCCGUGUUCUGGGGCCCGCUGUCGUUCGCCAUCGCGUGGUGCAUCGCCGCCGAGCACCCGCUGCGCCACCCGCUGCAGUCCAUCGUCAGCCUGGGCCAGCUCUACGGCGACGUGCUGUACUACGGCACCUGCACGGUCGACCUCGUCGAGUUCGGACGCGAGUACUCGCGCCCCGAGCUCGCCUACUUCUGGGGGUACUACGUUUUUCUCAACGCCUUCUGGAUCGCCAUUCCGCUGUGUCUGAUCGUGAGCAGCACGCGCGAGACGGCGAGGGCUUUUGCGACAGUCAAGGGGAGCUUGAGGGCUGAGAAGACGAAGUAGGGAUUGGUGGGAUGUUAUACGUAGGUAGGUAUCGCUGUGAGAUUAUGAUUAGGGGCGAAUGACUUAGUAAAUAGGUACCUACCUAUAGCUGAGAGCUUGCUUUUUUAUUAUUGCGCAUUGUUGGUACGAUUUUACGAGACACGAGACAUGAUAUACUUUUUAUGAUCAAUACUACGUCAUUUUAG